AAAAGUUGGGCGGGACUUUGGGCUUUACGUGAAGGAGAUUCUUUGUAACUUCCUGGACCCGUCAGUAUGGUUCACAGAAAACUGGUUUCAUCUGCGUUGGCCAUGACAAGAAAACCGGAGCGUUAGAAACGUUUCUCCUUGAUCACAGAGACGGACCUGAGGUUUGAGACGACCCGUGUGACCUGAUCCAGGCUUGGAGUAAGUAAUGGCCAUGUCCCAGGGCCCCACCAUCCUGUGGAGUCCGAUGGUGAUCGUGGAGGCUGCGGGUGGAGCUCUGCCCCAGGUUUCCCAUUACUCAAUGAAGCCUCCCAACCAGGAAGAGGGCUGUGUGUCCUUUGAGGACGUGGCUGUGUACUUCUCCUGGGAGGAAUGGAAGCUGCUAGAUGAUUCCCAAAGGCUCCUGUACCAGACUGUGAUGACAGACAUCUUCGAACUUGUGUCCUCACUGAGACUUGAGCUUUCUGGGAUCAGUGACAUAACUCAGGUGGAGUCUUGCAGAGAUCUCUCCGUGCCUGCACUGAGAUUCACGACUCCAUGUUUGUGGACAGGUUGUUGGAUCAAAGUGGAGAGUGAAGCAUCCCCCUUUGAGCAGAGUCUUCCCAAGGAAGGAGAGCUUAAUUCAUCCAUGCUCCAACAGCCCAUGCUGAGCCAUGCUGAGACACCCUUGCUAAGUGCAGACAAUGCAAUGAUCCUCCAGACUUCCUCAGGUCUUCCCGGGCACCAGGUGACUUACACUGUCGGGGAGGCUGAGAGUGGAGAGGCCAUUCCCACUGAGAAGAGGAGCUGCAAAUGCACUUACUGUGGCAAAGUCUUUACUAGUAUAUCUCACCUUAAUCGGCACUGGAAGAUCCACACUGGAGAAAAGCCUUUCCAGUGCAGCGAGUGUGGGAAAUCCUUCAGCCAAAAAGCCUUUCUCAUUAAGCAUUUCAGAAUGCACACCGGGGAAAAGCCUUAUAGAUGCAGUGAAUGUGGCAAAGCCUUCAAGCAUAAUAUCUCCCUCAUUUCCCAUCAGGGACUCCACACAGGAGAGAUGCCCUUUAAGUGCAGUGAAUGUGGGAAAUCGUACAGGAGCAGGGAAGGCCUUAAAGUUCAUUAUCGAUUUCACACUGGAGAAAUGCCCUUUGAGUGCAGUGAAUGUGGGAAAUCCUACAGAAGCCGAGAAGGCCUUCUGAACCAUUUCUACAGUCACACUGCAGAAAAGCCCUUCAGUUGCAGUGAAUGCGGGGAGUAUUUCACCCAAAACUCUGACCUCAUUGAGCAUCUGACAGUCCAUGGCAAGCCUUUUAAGUGCAAUGAGUGUGGAAGAGUCUUUAAUUCAAGUUACAACUUUGUCAGACACAUGAAAGUCCACAUUGUGGCGAAGCAGUAUGCAUGUAGGGAGUGUGACAAAGUGUAUUGCAGUAGCUCUAGCCUGUAUAAACACCGGAAGAUUCACACUCGGUAAAUGAAAGUCUAAAGCGGGCAAUAAAGGUAAGAAGUCCCAUGGUCAUCUAACUGAACACCAGAAAAGCCAGUGGGACAAAAGAAGUGUUGUUAAAGAGCAAAUGGCAUCAUUCACACACACCUCCAACUCAUAAAAGUGGAGAGGUCCCUGGACCAGGAUAUGUCAUGAACCCGUGCUUUGGGGAAUCCACGUUUGAAUCCUCUGAACAAAAGUGUUAUCUGAAAACAGCAUCACACACACACACACACACACACCCCUGCACAGGUUUCUGAGUGCAGAGAUUUUAGGGAAUAGCUUCAGCCACUGGCAAACCUUCACUUUAGGACUUCCCCUGACCUUGAAUGAGAAGUUAUGAGAUUACCCUCUGUGAGAGACGCGUCCAUUGAAAUGUCCUCCUCCAGUAGAUCUCUUCCCAAGAAGUUGGUGCGAGGGAAAUGAGAGAGGGGGAGUUCUGUUCUUGACUGUACAAGUGUGGAGUGGAGUUUCCAUGGGACUCAGCUUGGUUGGAGGAGGAACAGAGUGGCCUUGGAUUUGUAAUGAGGUGUGGCUUCUCUCUUUACCGAGUGUUACAGUGCCCUGAAUAAAUGUUU